AUGAAGAAGCAAGUGACAAUAGUACCGGUUCUUCUGAUUCUAAUGGCUUUAUGUUCCAACUUGGAUAUGGUUGUGGAGGCUCAGUUAGGCCCCGGAGACUGCUACGAUGGUUGCUCCACGGGCUGUGUCCAGCGCGACUGUGAGCACUUUCUUCAAGAAAGACGGCCCGAUUCGAUCGCAAGUGCUCCAUUCGGUGCGGCCCAGAGCUAG